ACGAAUGCUUGCUUCAAAACCCAAGCCGCAUCCCUUAGUUCAGGUAUCCAUAAAUUGGUGCUUUGGGUGGCAAAGGCCUGGGCUUGGGGGUAGGGAAGACGUGGCGAUCGGCGAUGACGCCUUGGGCGACAUCUAUGGCGAGGAAUGCAUGUACAUGCCGGUCGCUGCCCCCAAGCAGAAAUGCAGCCUCUCCAGGUUACUUCCAGGUCAGGACUAUUACUUCAUCGUGCGGGCGGUGGCCAGCUCCGGGAAGGGCGAGUUCUCGAAGGUGCUGGGCCCUUGCACCACUGAGAAGGAAAGCCCGCAAAAAGCGCAGGCCCUCGAGCUCCACGACAUUGAGCUCUACACCUGCAGCACGCGCUUGAGGCUGCCCUUCAACUACGGGUCACCGAUCACCGAAGUUCACACGGUCCUGCGGCGCCUCGAUGGCCCGCUGGCACUGGAGGAGAUGGAUGAGGAAGGCUUGGUUUGGGAUCCCAAGUGGAUGAGAGGCGUGGUCAAAACGAAGCCCACUCGCGGCUUCUUGUGGCGCGGAAGGAGGCAGACAAAAAAGGAAACUGAGCCUACCACAUCACCUGGAGAUCGACCAGAGGCUCAUGUGGCAGGACAAGAACACACAGUGGCACCCUCCUCCCUGGUAGCCGUGGAUGACGCCUCCGAAGCCUCCCGCAGGCCGCAGACAGGCGUCACCGGGGCGCUCCUGCGCACCUUCGCGACCGAAGGCUUCGACAAGGCGAGCUGCAGAUUCACCAGCCGCAAGUCCUCCUUAGAGUGUUGCACCGGCCGGUCCUACGUUGUGAACUUCUCCAAUCUUCGUCCCGGCACAGAGUACGAGAUCACCUGGCGCUGCCGAAAUGCCAUGGGCCAAAGUCCCUUCUCCGGCGCCCUGUUGGUCAAGACAGAUCCGGCAGCCCCAGAUCAGCCACCUCCUAUUGCGGUCGAAAGUCUUUGAGGUGCUUGAUGAGCCACUGCCAGUGGAGCUUGAUUGUUUAUAGGACGACAUUUCGAAUUGCAGUCCAUCGUGCGUUUGCGCGAUGGUGCGCCGCGGUUCUGCCUCUGGCGUGUUUGUUUCGCUUUUGGGGAGA